UUCAGCUGCUUGUCCUUUGUCAGAUACUCAGGGAUGAGUUUUAGAGUACAGCCACGCUACAAGACCUAUCAAUAAACAUGACCAGCAAUUGUUGGAUUUAUUUUUCCAAUCGUUGACCCUUUUGACAAAUAUGGAUUCAACAACAUUUUGGUUUGACUUCGUCUUCAUGGAAAGAGAAGACAUCAAUUUCAGCUGCUUUUGUCAUCUCAAGGUAACAGAUACAGCUGGUGGCUAAGGGCCUUGGAUAUCUUUGCAUUAUCCACCCCACCACAUACUGUUUUGAAGGUGUCGGGAUGACAGACUUGUAAGCUUUGGAGGAAAAUGGGUUGUUCACCGUCCAAAGGUAAUAAUCUGGGGACUUUGGGCUCCUUGAGGAGGGGAAGAAUGUUGCCCCCUGUACCUCAAGAAAAACCGAGAGCAGUCCAUUUUAUCGACGGAGCCAAUCAUAUUUCUGCUGGAGCUACUGAUGGAGAUACUAAAGACAGGAAGACAAGUGGACAAAAACAAUUAUUUCAAAAGGAUGAACAUUUGCCAGCAACACAAGGAGAUACCCAUGUCACAGCUCCUACUCCAGAGAUAUUAAACCCAAAUAAAACGAAGAGUCACAAAAUAGACAACAACAUGAUACAGAAAACAGAAAAACAUGGGGACAAGCAGGAUGUAACUGAGAGAAAGGCAGGCAAAAAAACAAAGAGACAUUCAAGAGGUAUGAAAGUGCUGAAAAAGAAAGAUAAGGAGAUGCAGAAAAUUGAUUUCCCGGAACCUCUGGUAAAAGCUCACCAAGCUGCUUAUGCCUUUUUAAAUCCCAGCAUAAACAAAUAUGAUGGUGUACUUGGACUGCUGGAACAAGCAAUGCAAACUCAAGCAUUUCUACAGCCAAUGGUUUCUUUUCUGGCUUUGCGCUAUGAGGAAAUAAUUCAGGUACUGGAAGAAAUUGUUGAUGAAGGAGAAAAAAUGCUUAAAGAAAACGGAGAACAUCUUGCUUGGCCAAGUCAAAUGAAAAACCUCUCAUCCUCUGCACCUCUAAAAUCAGGCUCUGCUAUUGAACCCCCACCGGAUUUGUUGCAGCAGCUGCUUCAAUACACCACACAGAGAAUGCAGAAUGUGAACCAGACUGUUGGAGGAAUUGGAGACUCUGCCCUGGAGGAGGCAGCGGAAUACUUUUCUUCUGUCUCAGAACUUUUAGAGGAGAAAUUGAAAGUCAAACGUGAAGUUGAGACGAGGAUAAUGCGACUCUCAUCUCGCAUUGAAUUGGCAUCUCUUCGCAAACUUGGGCCAGAGGACUCUGCUCUCUUCAGCGAGGACAGUGGUAUUGGAGCUGAGAGUGAAUCCCUUGCUGGAUCGGAAAGGCGCCAUAGGCGUGUGAGUUGUGAAUCUAGUGCAACAAGCAGGACUACUCCAGUUAGUCCUAUGGCAUAUUCCUCAAUGACAGGUGUCAGGAAAAAGCAUGCAUGUCCAAGUCCAAGUGUUUCCCUUACUUCUCUGAACUCUUUAGCUUCUAUGUGCACAAUGAUGGCAAAUGCACAGGGGGAGUCAUUAUUAGGCUCAGUCUCCUUCGAUGAUGGUGAGGAAGAUGAUGAUGGCAAUAAUAUGGUUGGAGACAUUGGAAAUAGACAAAAUUCAGAACAAAAAAAAAAUCCCUCAAGACGUAAAGAGAAUCCGACAAAUGUAGAAAUGACUAUCAGAAUGAAAAAUACUUUAAGUGGUAAAGUACAGUUUCACCAACCAACAAGCACAGGUGCCAAGUCAAAGGUUGCAGGCUGCCCAAAAGCAGUUGGUGGCCAAUUGACUGAUGAAAAGGGACUAUCUCUAAAAAGAUCCCAAACAGUUAGAAGAGCAGUAGUUAAAGCAGCUUCAGUGGUUAAAGAGAGACGUUCGCGUUCUGUCGAAUCUCUGCGUAGCAAAGGUGAAGAUCCUGAUUUGCUUGAACUGGAAAGGUCUCAGAAAAAUUUAAGUCAGAAGUUGCAGAAAAUUGCCAAAAACAAAGAAAACAUGAAGGGAAAUGCAAAGACUACAUCAUCUAAACAAAAUCACAGAACCUCACCAGCAGACUCUCCAAAAAUAUCUCGUAAGCACCCGUCUUUGGAGAAAGAUGGCAAUCUACGAGACAGGGCAGCGCUUUCAAAGCACAUCACCAAAUGCCAGGAAUCUGCCAAUAAUAUAAAGGAAGAUGAUAACCAGAAAGAUAAGACAACAUCGAUGUACCCUGUUAAAGCCACUCCACCUCCAAGCCCCCCUGUAUCACCAAGACCAUCUUCAGGCCUGUAUAGAGGCAGGAAUUCGGUCAAAAAACUCAUUGAUACUUUCAGUCAAGGAAUAGAAGAAUUGGACAGUCCUGAUGUUCUCGGGCCACUUCGGGGUGUGCGGAAAUGUGGUGUUCCAGUGUUGCCAGGUUUAGGGAAUGUCACAUCUUUUCUUAGCAUUGGGAAAACCAAUUCCAGACCUGAUAGAACUCAGAAGACUGAUUAUAUUGAUUUGGAUAGUCUACCUCCACCGCCUCUAGAGGUGUUAAUGGACAAUUCAUUUGAAAGUGCCCAAAGUCAUGCAGAUGAUGGGACAACAAAACUCGUAAAAUCACCUGUGGUAAAACGGACUGGACUGUCUCAGCGACUACGAGCCUCAGUUCAAUCUGUACCCGUGCUGCCAAGCAAAGGAGGCGUGCCACAAUGUAUGAAGGUAAUUUGCCCAGCUAAAGUUGAUCAUCAGGUUGCAACAAACCAGACAAAUGUCAGUCAACCAGAUGUUCAAGAAGACCUUGCCUCAGUAAAUGAUUCCACAUUGUUGCUGCAAAUCAGAAAAAACAGAUACCUAAAACACUCCUCAGACUCACUGUUGGGGAAAUCAUUAAAAAAUGAUGAUGCAACAGGUCAAUCUACCGGUCAACGGGACUCAACAAAUGUACAUGAGGAUGACAACCUCUCGAUGCCUGAAGUAAACACAACAUUGUCUGAAGUGCCUCCCUCAUAUGCAGCCAGUAGUCAUUCACUUGCCACUCCACCGCUGUCCAAAGGACGAAUGUUGCCAUCCACACCUUCUACUCCAAGGACUUCUCAUCGAAGACUUCCUAGUCCCCACAAUUUAAAAAAAACGCCAACUCCGCCCUCUUCAGCCAGUCCUCCAGUUUACAGAAAACUCACAACUCCACCAGAAAGUCACAAGAGACUUCCCAGCCCGCCUAUUAUGAAGCAGAACACUUUAAACUCAAAUGUUUCCUCCUCAUACCCUUUAAAAGCACCAUCGCCACCUGCUUCACCAAAAGUACAAAGAUGGACAAGAGAGAGCAGCACCGAAGACUCCACUCGAUUGAUCAGUAAUGCACGUUCCGUCUUCUGCCCAGUUUCUCCAUCCUUGUUUGAGGCCCAGCCUUGCACAGCUCCCCAAACGACUCAAGCAUGGGCCUCUGCUGAAGGUUCUUCUCUGUCACAUACUUGUGGGAAUCGAGGCAAGUUUCUUGUGUUCAUCCCAGGACCCCGACCUUUUAUUCAAAGAAGCCAUUCAGAGAGAAGACCAAGUUUAAACCUUCCACCUCAAUCACCAGGCUUCUUGGGGGCUGAGACCUGCGGAAGUGAGCCAUCAAUUUGCACACAGGGACUAGAUGAUAACCCAAGAGGAGAAGAAUCAUGGGGUAGCCAGUCCAACCUGAGAGCAACGUCACGCUCUGCAUCCCACCCGGAUUUGUGUGUUGUUGGACAGGCCUUGCACAGAGACUAAAUGGGCCAAUGACCAGUGGACCAGUGGGAUUAUGGAUUAACAGGUUUUAGAAAGGAUUUAAGGUGUGAUGCUUCACUGGUAAGAGAGGAGUCUUUCUAUUCGCCUUGUGGUUUUACAACACAUUGGCAAUGUUUGUAUAAGAAGACGUAAGAUGAUGUCUGCAUAUGUAUUAACUGGGAGUUCAUGUUUACAUGCAUUUGUACAUGAUUAUUUAUUUUUAACAAAUGCAAAAUAACAAUGUUUGCCGUUACAUGACCUGUCUGUGUUCUAAUGGAAAACUUUAGAACCAACACUCAGAUAUGAAAAUUCAGUGACUAAUUUAGGAAUUUAAGAUAUUUCCAUCUUCAAUAUAUUCUUUUGGGCUAUCAGGCUUUAUGUAGUUCUACCUGCAAGGUUUUUUUAAAGGAUAGACUCAAUUAUAAUGUUUGGAUAUGCAAUGAGGGAAUUGUUCCUUUAGCAGAAAACCACUGUUUUGAUGGAUCAACAUACUGUAUAUUAUAUAUUCAAUUCAUAAUCAAUGCUUCUUUUUAUUAUUUUCUGUUUAACAUUUUUUGUACAGUGUAAUAAAUUGUAUACAAACAAUGUUCCCUGCUAUUGCAUUUCAUAUUAAUUCUGCUCAGUCCAUCCAUUUUAAAUACUGUUUACUAUACCACUCCUCUAUACGACACCACUAUUCCAAUAAGUAACAUUUGUGUCACGCAUCGGUACUGACCCCACAGCAGAGACAGAUUACAAUGAACAAAAAACUACAGCAACAUUCGAUCGCCAAAACAUGGAAAAGACAAAGUCAAAGCCAUCAGGUGUACAAUUUAGAAAUUUGGUGGCUAUAAACUAAGUGCUGGGUGAAUUUUAGUGCUCCAAAAUGAUAGCAGAAAAUGGAAAGUGUUCACAGGUGACCAAGAAUAGCAGGUUGGAAUGACCAGAAUAAAACAUUUUUCACAAUUAUUCUUAGUAAAAAUCUAUAUUGACUCUGUGACACCUUUUUAUUUGAAUGUGACUAAAGAAUUAUACAGAAAUACAAUAGCGUCUGUUUUA